AUGUCCACGGUCGCCAGUGAAAAUGUCAAGAUUACUCGGGUCGAGAGGCGCGAAGAAACUGGAUCGCGACACGAAGUCACGUGGUCGUUAUUACUCUCCAAUCUGGAGGACUACAUUCGAUUUGACCCAGGUGCCAGCAUGAGCUAUAGGCAGGUACUCUCCGACGAAAUUGCUUUUGCGGCGUAUCAGCAGGAUUCAUGA